AUGCAAGAUGAGCUUCUUCCCUCGGAGGUUGAGCAAGUUGAAUCGCUGAUUCUUUCUCUCUAUGAACCAGCCUCUCCUAGCCAAAUCGCCAAAACACAGUCAACGCUGUCACGGCUCCAGAGCUCACCACAAGCAUGGACGCUUGCUCACCACCUGCUUGGGCGCCCAGAUGACAAGGUCAAGUUUUUCGGCGCCCUUACCAUCAUCGUGAAGCUCAACACCGAAAAUGCAUCUCUUUCCGACGCCGACGCCAUAGAGCUCCUUGUCUCGCUGUUGGAGUGGUACAUGGGCUCUCUCCAGCAAAAGACCGGGUUGCUCGUUGUACGGAAGCUUUCAUCUGCCUUAUCCACGUACUUUGUCUACUUCCACAGGCUUUGUAGCCGCAUCAUCUUCCAUCUCCUAGUUUGUCUCGCAUCGAACCGGGCCUGGCAGCCUGGUGCAAUCGACGACUCGGUGGACUUCAACGCCAUUUCUGAGAGACUUUCUGGGGUUCAUCUACACGCGGCUAUCCUGGUUAUCAGCAACAUUCUCGAAGACGUUACUCGCAUUGACUUGAACGCAGCAAGCAACGUUGGGCUCUACGAUUCAGUUCUUGCCAACACUUCAGAUUCAGUCACUCUCAUAGCCAUGUGCAUGAGCCGAGAUGACGCUUCUCCAGAGGUCAAGCAAGAUGCACUGAGGUGCCUUCAGUCCUGGGUCACCUUUGCUCAAAAAACAUCCGCGCGAAACAGCUACAUUGCAGACUCGCUGCGGCCCCUUAUCGGAGGCUCUAUCAAUGCCUUGAUGGUCGAAGAACUGUACAACGCAGCCGCGGAACUACUCAUCGAUGUGCUCUUCAACUGGCCUUCUUUGUUAACCGAGCAGCACUACAUGAUGCUUUCUAACCUGUUUGAUACGCCGUGGUUUCAGAAUCGAUACGACCUGCUGGUUCAAGGUGACGUUGAUUUCGAAUCGACGCAGCUCGGGUAUGUGCUUCUCGCAUACGGCGAAGCCAAGAUGCAAGCCCUGAUACAAGAUGAGAACGACCAAAACCGGAGCAUACUAUCAAGGCUAUGUGGUCUCCUUGCGGCGGAUGGCUACCCCGUUGCUGAGAACAAGAUAUUCGUCCCGGCCAUCGAAUUCUGGUCGACGUUCACCGAAUCUGUCUCGGAUAUGGAUGUGGAAUCUGCGCUCACGAUUCAGUUCAUCUUUGAAGCUACGUCACACGCAUGGAAGAAGAUAAUCUACCCUCCGGCAGAGGAAUUUCACUCCUGGGACUCUGGCGAUCGCAUUGGGUUCAACGACGCACGGAAAGAUGUAGUGGAUUUCCUACAAGCCGUCUAUGUCUUGAUCGGACCAAAGCUCGUCGAGACUUUUUCUUCACUGAUAUUGACCACAUUGAGUAACUCAGCCUGGCUCGAGCUGGAGGCAGCUAUAUUCUGUCUGGGAGGCUUGGCUGACUGCAGCCGGGAAGACGCGCGCUGCGAUGGCUCCCUUGCCGCUGUUUUCUCGUCGCCACUGUUCUCGGUGCUUCAGAGCGGCCAGGAACAUGUCCCGGCUCGAGUAAGACAGACUUGCCUCACCCUUAUCGAACAAUACACAGAAUACUUUGAAAGGAAUACCCACCUUCUUCCUACCGCACUUGGUCUCUUGUUCAACGAGGUUCCGGAUCACUCCAUGGCCAUACCAGCAUCGAAAUCCAUUCAUCGACUCUGCUCAUCUUGUCGCUCACAUCUCUAUCCUGAGAUGGACAACCUCCUCGCCGAGUAUCGAAAGUUGGUAGCUACAGCGACAUUAGAUUGCAUAUCUCGCGAGAAGAUUAUAGGCGCUCUUGCGGCCAUUGCACAAGCUAUUCCAGGGGAUGAUGAGCGGUAUGACGCGUGCUCAGGAUUGCUUGCUUUUAUCCAAGACGACGUGCGGAAAUCUUUGGAGCUGGCCAAUGUUCCAAACGACGGAGUACUGCCACAGCAGAUGGAUAAUCCCUGCCCAGAUAUCACACCGGAAGAGCAUGCUGGAUUGCACGUGGGCCUCAGGGCAUUGAGGUGUCUAGCAAGCAUGGGAAAGGGUCUGCAGUCCCCUCCAGACUUGGCCAUUGACCUCGAAGCUUCGUCUCCCCCAAAGGAGCAAACGCCCAAGUUGGUCGAGCUUCAGAAACAAGUGAUAGGCAUCAUCAUUGAGAUUCAGAACGCGUUCAAUGGCAGCUCGGAAGUCACGGAAUUGAUAUGCAGCGUGCUCCGCAGCGGCUUUUCUGAAAGCGAACCGGGGCCGUUUGUCCUGACUCCUGAGGAUAUAGUAGGCUUUUUGGUGGGACACUCAAAAGACACGCCCCGGAUUGGUGUUAUUGUUAGCAUGGCGUGCUCCUUUGUUAGUUCCCUGUCUCCUCACAGGCUAGGACAGUAUCGAAAGAUACUCUCUGAUGUACUGGGCUGGUUGAUUGGGUUGUUGAAGCAGCUUCCUGAACCGGCAGCAGAUCCGGAACUCGUGCAAAACGGUAUCGAUCUCGUCAGCCGGCUGGUGACUAGAAGCCCGGGCACCUUUAUUGGGCUGGAGCCAUCAGACGCGAUCGAGUUCUUCUUCCUCUUCACACUCCAAGUGCUGGAUGGAAAGGAGCCUUUGCCCAAGGCGGCCGCUGCAGAAUUCUGGACUGCGUUUGUCGGAACCCGGGCAGAUGAGCCGGAGCUGCAAGAAACCUUCAAGAGGGCCAUGGACAUGCUCGGACCGCUGCUGGCCCAGUCCCUUGCCCGGAACAUUGGAGGCAAUGCCCUACGUAGCGAGCUUGAUCGGUUAUGCGAACCGCUGAGGAAGCUCGUGAGCAGAUAUCCAAUGGCGAAGGAAUGGCUCCAGUCCGGGCUGGACCAUCCUUCCUUCCCAAGCCAGAAGGUCGAUGCAGAGCAGAAAUCGCUCUUUGUGAAGAAGAUUAUCAGUCUCAGGGGUUCCCGAACGACAAACCAGGUAGUCAGAGAAUUCUGGCUAUCCGCCAGAGGUGCCAACUUUGCAUACGCUUCAUAG